AUGUGGAGAUUCGCGCGUCAACUUGUGAAGCAGGCUGAAGAUAUUAUUGCGCCCGAGUUCCAGGAAAACGGCCCUGUAUACGGGUUCCGUGUUUUGCAUGUCGAGCCCGACUCUGAGGCGAGCAGGGCCGGCAUUGAGCCAUUGUUUGAUUUUUUGGUCGGAGUGAACGACAAACACCUCAGUGAUUCGCGCCGUCACGAGCCUCAAGACAACGAUAGCGUGCCGGUCGAGGAAUUGAAGAAACUUCUUGGUGCAGAACCGUCUGCGAUGCUCAGCAUCUGGUCCAUGAAGGGCAAAACCAUCCGCCAGGUCCAAGUGCCCGUCAGACCCCAAGAGACUGGCUUCGGGCUUGGUUUGACCAUGCAAUGGACUCCCCUCAAGGUAGGUGACCAUGUGUGGCAUAUUUUAAAUGUAUCGAACGGAAGUCCUGCCGAUGAAGCUGGUCUCAUUGGUGAAAAGGACUACGUGGUCGGUGCCGAGCAGGGAUUAUUAGAAGAGGGAGGUGAAAGUCUGCUGGCAAGGGUGGCUAGCCGAUAUGCAGAAGAUGAGAAACACCAAGGGUUCGAGGUUUAUGUUUACAACAGUGACUUUGACAACCUCAGACCGGUCAGGAUUGUUCCUCGAUUUGAUCCAAAGGGCCAGCGGCUGCUUGGCUGCUCGGUCGGCUAUGGAUACCUGCACCGACUCCCGACAGGGUCAGGCGUACCGUCUCUUCCUGAACGCAGUGAUGAUACGUUUGUUCCUGCCGCACCACCAAGCAUCGAUCUGGCGGCAAACGUCAGCUCUUCCCACCAUCACCGCCCGCGACCCGUCCAUCAUCACGGUCAGGAUCAGGAUUUGAGCGCGUAUUUUGAGGAACAAACCACUAAAAGCCACCAAGUAGACGGUUACAACCCGUCCAACAAGGCUGCGGCAACAGCAUCCGCAGAUGUAUUACCACCCCCACAAUUGCAUUCAUAG